UACAAUGGUGAAGAAAAUUUGCUGUCACAUCAUAUCUUUUGAAUAAAUUGUAUAUUUUGUUUCUGCAAUCAGCUGAUCAGUCAUGGAGAAUGCUAUCUUAAACGAAGCUCAUGAGAAGCUCAGAAGAGGAGAUUCCCUUGUGCAGAAAAGACAAUUUGAAGAAGCGGCUGAUUGCUAUGAAGAGGUAGCUGACCUGUUUGCAAAAGCUCACAGCCAACUGAGUGCAAAUUUGGGAAUAAUAAAAAGUUUCGAGUCAUCACUUAAAAAUUCAAAGUCAUCUAUUCAUUCCGCAGUUGCACUAGAAUCAUUGGCGUUGCAAAGUGACUACUAUAAAAGACAAGCUGUCGUUGUGAGAAUGAAACAAGCGCAAUACGACGAGUACAAAAAUACUCUAGAAAUUCAGCAAAAAAAUCAUUUGAAGAAAGAUGCAAUCAAAUACAAUGACAAAGGAUCGACAGCUUCUGCAGAAACAGAUAAGUUUGAUGGAUCGCUGAGACAAGCUAUUUAUAAAACUAUAGAAGAGCAAGACACCUUGCUGAGUCUUAUGCCAUUGCCUGACGAUGACCAAGCGUUUAAACAUCCUAAAGAUACCGUCACUGUUAUUGAAGAGUUGCGGACUGUUAAUUCACAAUUAAGAUCUCUUGUUGAAAGCUUACUUAGUCAACUUGAAGCUAAAGAACAAGAGGUUAAACAAUUGACACAAAGGUUGCAAACUGUUUCAGCUGCUGUGACUGAUGAAAUGUCUUUAAAUGAAGGACAUUCUCUAAGGUUGGCUCCAUUGCCUCCUUUGGCUCCCUUAGAAAUGCCCUUGUUUGAUUUUUCAUCUUCUUAAAAGUUCAGAAAAUAUAAAUUUGAUUUUUUUUUCGAAUUUGCAACAAUUUUAUCUUUUUCCGCGCUGAUAAGUAACAGUUGAAUAAAUUGUGUAUAAAAGUGAUAGAUUAUAAAAGAUUUGUAAAUAUAACUUAUAAUUUUUUGUUGUGAAGCAUAAAGUAGCAGAUUUCUUUUUUUUUUUUUUUAUUUAAAUGCUGUACAAAGCUAAAACAGAAAAUUAAUCGACAGUAGUUUAUGAAUUAUUGUAUAUCGGAUAAGAAAAUGAAAUGUGAGUCUGCCCUACUUUUAAUACGCUCCCUUGUAAAGAUUUUACAACAAAAGAAAUAUUUUUUAUUGUGACAACGGAUUGUAGCAGUGAAGAAUUGUUGUAAAACAAUGAAUAAUAAACAUUUUGAAAAGAAGUA